UGUGUGCGCUUCCACCGGAAACAUCCAGUUAUCUCCAAAUAUACAGAAAUAGUUAAAGGACAAUGCGGAUACACUAGAUUCCUAUUAAGUUACCGUUCGAACGUACACAACAACCACAAAUACGUUGAUUGCACCCUUUCAACAUCAGUUUUUCUGCUUCUCUUGUGCGAAAUGGGGAAAGGCCAUAGCAAAGGCGAGAAGAAACAGGACGAGAUCCCAAUGGAUCGUACGAGGAACAAGAACGAUAGUCAAUUGCCAUGGUUCAUUAUGGACGAAGACAAGGAUAUCGCUUUGCUUCAAUCCGAGAUACAGAACAAUUUCGACGAGUUCCUGCUCAACAAUCUGCUGUUGACCGUCGUGUUUUUCGAAAAUUACCAGAGGCAAAUACAGGAUGUAGCGCCAAUUGGUCAUAAGGAAACUGAGUUCAGUCCAUUGUGCGAACACCAGAUUAGCUAUGUGAGACCCAACAGUGUGAUGGAACUGGUGGAUAGGAAUGUUAAGUUCCAAAGACUUCACGGACCAAAGAAGAACGUUAAAGAGUCAAUAGUUCCAAAACGUCUGUUCGUGAUCUACGAGAACAUCGAGGUUCUGCAGCCUGAGGAGAACAACAUUUACUCGAGCAUCGACAAAACCAUGUACAAAGCAAUCGCGGAUAAAGCGAUGUUCACCACCAAAGAGGGAAAUAAGAAGGAACUGGCAGGGUUCAUCGAGUUGAAGUAUUUACCGGAAUCCUGUAUGAAGCCUUCCUCGUCGGUGUCCAGCACGAGUACAAGCGACAGCGAAUCUGUGACAAAGUCUGAUGACUUCGAUGAUAGCGUUUACAAUACUAUUAUAGAUGCGAGAACGCCGAAGCCACUGAACGAUGAGAACAGGAAGAACUUUGGAAAGUCGUUCAUCAUCUCCACUAAAGUUAAGAAUAUAGUUGAGCAAGGUAAAGAUGGAGAACCACCAAAGAAUGCGGAGCUUUUCCGGUACGAGUAUAACUUGAGCUCGACGGUCUUGAUGAACCACUUCAAGCACAAGGAGUUCCAAUACUCGCUGAGCGAAGCUCUCGGUUUCGAGAAAGAUAUAGUCGAUGCGGCGAUGUACAACAACACCAAUGUCUUUUACAAUAUCCUGGAUGAGGAGGAGAACGAGCUGAUCCAGUGGGAACUGAUACCGGCCAUCGAGAUCGACUGGCCCAGCGAUCAAACAUCAGAAUGGUAUAAUUGUCGCAGAGCAAUGAAGGACAAUAAUCAUAGGAUUUGCCAGUGGCCCAGAAAGUACAUGCUGGAGAAACUGCAAGAUCUUAAAGCUUUCGCCAUUCCUAGCGGUUGCAUGUUCAAGCGCAGCUUGAACGAACGCCUCAACUUCGAGUGGGAGUUGGCGUUCCCACUGCAAGAGAAAUAUCUAGAAGCUAAGCUGGGUCACGUUCAGUUGACCAUCUACUUCUUCUUCAACACCCUCUUCAAAACUUUCAUCGAGCCCCAAACACAGCAGAAGGGCCUCCUCGCGGACCAUUUCAGGAACCUGAUUUUCAGUGAAUGCGAGAAGAACUGCUACCAGUGGCCACAGCUUCGUCUCGGCAAAAAAAUUCUGAUCCUCAUCGACAUCCUCUACAACCAUCUAGGCAAGCACAGAAUGCCGCAUUAUUUCGUGCGUGAGAAGAACCUCUUUCAAAAUAUCCCGGCGCAGUUCCUGCGCAAAGCCCAGGAGACUCUAAACAAUAUCAGGGAAAUGCCCGUGAUGCAUUUUCUUUUGGCGAUGCGAAACUUGCAGUACGUCAACGAAUCGUUCUACCCAAUGCCCAAUCUGAAGAGGCUGUACGAAAUCUUGGUGGAAGAAAAACUGACGAAGCAGUUUGAAAUCAUCGGAGGAAGCACACCUGAACCAGUGGUCGUGAAGCCGGUGGAGCCAUUCGACGAGGAGGCGGAUUGGGAGACGCGCUGUCGAGAGGAGAAGAGGCGAAAGCGGCGACAGGCCAAAUUGGAAGCGGAAGAAGCAAGGAAAAACAAAGAGAAUCUCAAAGCGGCCACAAGGUUAUCCACCGAUUCCAUCGAUCUAACGUGGAAACAUGAUACAUCAAAUAUGGAUAGCAACUUAUACAAGAUACCGAUGAUCCUGGAGUUCUUCAUAGAUCAUUUCAUUGACAUCGCGAAACACAGCUUAAAGCUGAGAGACUACAACCAGAGCAAACUGUAUUUGAGGCAAGCCACCUUGCUAUCGAAGGUUCAUAGCAAGGAUGCAAACCACGCUAUGAGAGCGGAGGACUACUUGAAGCUCAUCGAGGAUUUGGAGAACAAGGUCGACUCUGCCAUGGAGAAGAAGACAUACGAGAAACCAUCGUUACCAUUGCGCAACUCUAGCUCCGUGCACAUGCCGAAAACCUGGAUGGUAAACAAUAUUUCGCUGAAGAGCGACAAGCUUCAUAAGGAGUACAACAGCUACGAAAAGAAACCUAUUAUAAAGAAGGAAAGACCGGAUUCCAACAUGAGCAUCAACAGCCAUGAAGAUGCACCUACCAGCAGCAGCGGAAGUGGCGCGAAAACCAUAACUUUCAAAGCGGACGUCGAAGUAGUGUAAAAGAUUGAUAUCCAAAUUAGUAAUCAAAUAGGACUUACGUCUACGCCGUGUUC